GCUCCUUCCAGAAGCGCACGUGCUUGCCAAGAUCCGCCCAGAGAAUAGUCAGAUUGGUCGGUUUGACGAUGACGUUGUGAGCACGUGGCUUCGUAAUACCGCCUCGAGGGACGAAGAAUUUGACUUGUGUGCCAAAAAAAUAUUGUUGAACACCGUGUGCAACCCCAAGUCGCUGGUUUCGGCUCUAAUCUCUCGAACAGAUCAAGGGGUACCAAUGUAGCCAGCUUUGCUAUCUGUCUGUUUCGAUCAUCGAUGUUUUCGUUCCUUUUCCAUUUUCAAGUGCAAUGUGCUAACUGACAAAAAGGAUGCUGCAAUGUGAGAUAUUGAAAUCGUGGAAUUAUAUUUCAGUGAAGUUUUAUAGUUGGUUGAUUGGUGUCUAAGAUACGUCAACUAGAUAUCGCGAAAGCAGAGUUUUACUUCCUUUUGUGAAAGGAUAGUUAGUGACUGACAGUUGAAGCAUAUAAUCCUUGAAGAAAAACAACAUCCUCGAAGAAAAUGAGAAAUUAAUGUGCAUCAAUGUCUGCGCGAUAAUCACUUGAGAGUAUGAAGAAUUUCGAUAGGUACUACUAAUAAAUAUGUGUGAACACUUCUGAACGUCUCAGCCAAAACAAAUUUAAGAUGUCCGAUGAACAGUUUAGAAAAUCCGAUUUGUUGAAAGAAGCAAACGAUCCGGCGGAGAAUUUAAAGAUGUGCUCUUUUAGUAUCGAGAGAUUAUUAGCGCCGAGCAAGAAGAAUGAAGAAGAUGAUAAAUUUCCACAGCAGACCGAUAUAUUUCCGCAAAAAAGUAAAGAAUCGGACACGGGAGUACUUGUUGCUCCCGAUUCAUCUAUGCUAAUGGCGGAAGAAAUUGAACUCGAUGAUACCGAUAUGGUUUGCUCGACAUCUCCGGAACCAGAAAUGUAUUACGAAGUGUGUACUAGCAGCAGUGGUGCGAAUUCCACCACAAUAGCAGAUACAGACGCCCAGGAGAAAAUCACUGGCAAUAUCAGUGACGACGAAAGGAAGAAAAGACCACGUACAGCAUUCACUGCUGCACAAAUUAAGUCCUUGGAGACGGAAUUUGAGAGGAACAAAUAUCUGAGUGUGGCAAAACGGUUGCAGUUAAGCAAAACUUUAAAGCUCACGGAAACGCAGAUAAAGAUAUGGUUCCAAAACAGGCGGACCAAGUGGAAAAGAAAAUAUACUAAUGACGUUGAAUUAUUGGCGCAACAAUAUUAUUCGAGCCUAGGAAUUCCAGCACCUCGUCCCAUUUUUGUUGGGGAUCGAUUGUGGUUUUUUAAUUACCCAGGACAACCACAACCGGGAGUACCACUUCUCCCACAGUAUUUAGCGCCAUUGCCAUUGCAUUCUGCAUUGCCUGUUGUACAAGCGCUACCCAGUAACUUGUCGGUAAGACAACAAACAUCUAUUUUCCAAAAUAUACCGACCAAUCAUAUUACCCAUCUUACUCAGAGAUUGGACUUCAGGCAUCAUGAUCCUUAGAUGAUGCAGGUGCAUCAUCGGUGGUGAACAAUGUAAAACUUAAAUAAUAUUAUAUGUGUCAUAUGCGGCGUAAUAUUAAAAUUAAUAAAAACGGAGAUGUUUCAUCAUUCAUUUAAAUACUAAAAAAAUAAAUUUGAUUCCAGAGAAUAUAGAAGAUAUUUCUAUAGAAGAUAAGUAUAAACAUCUGUGCUCCAUCUAACUCGUAUUAGCUUGAAAUUAUAUUUAGAUAAAUACAUUAUUGUUUGUCCGGGAAAAAAUACUUUCGUGUAAAUAAAUCACACUUGUAAAAUAUAA